AUGCGUGAGAAAAUGGAGGAGCUGGAGCACAGUCUACACCAGCAGAGGGACCGCAAUGCUAAACUAAACGACUGGCUGGAUGUAGCAGAGGAUGAUAUAGCAAUGCUGCGUCCAGAGAACAUCCUCCUCAGGAAACGAGUGAAAGACCUGGAGAAGAGCAACAGUGAAGUCCAGCUGGUGGAAGCAGAGCCGUGCAGGUCCCUCCUGGAUGAUGAACUCUACGCUCAGAGAUGGAGUGAAAACAAGAUUCAGAAAUUGGAGAAGGAGUCAGCCAUUAUGAAGGAACAGAACAAGAAGCUAACUGAAGAGCAUACAUUGGAGGAGGCUGAGCUAGGGCUGCAGAAUAGGGAUGAUGAUAUUCAUAAGUGUCUCAGGCAGAAGAACCAGGAGCUGGGAGAGCAGCUGGAGGACAGACGGGACACAGCCUCACUCGCCAUUGUGAAUGACCUGAAAAAGGAGGAAACACUCUCUCUGUCCUUCGCAGAGGAGCUGCAGCUGCUGGCCUUCUCGCCUGAAGUGAAGCCCAGCAUGGCAGACUCUGCAGACCUCAGACAUGAGGAAUGUGAGGCUGAGGAGCCGCUGAAACCUCUGAGUCUCCCAGAAGAGCAUCAGACCAAAAGGUGGACCUUGGAGACAGCCCUCCAGAGAGCUGGAUUAUUUCUGCUCUUCAUCUUCUUCCUCAUUGUUCUGGGUUUUGUGGCUUCAGGAAGCUUUAGAGGGAACUUUUUCUCCAUCAACACCUUGUGGAGCGGCACUCGCCUGAUGCAGCCGUACUACAGUGUGCAUUAUGGGGCCUUGCCUCCAAUUUGAUCUCAACACUC